AUGGCUCCCAAAGGCGGCCCCAAGCAGCAGUCCGAGGAGGACCUGCUCCUGCAGGAUUUCAGCCGCAACCUCUCGGCCAAGUCCUCGGCGCUUUUCUUCGGGAACGCCUUCAUCGUGUCCGCCAUCCCCAUCUGGCUAUAUUGGCGAAUAUGGCAUAUGGAUCUUAUUCAGUCUGCUGUUCUGUAUAGUGUGAUGACCCUAGUAAGCACUUACUUGGUAGCCUUUGCUUACAAAAAUGUGAAAUUUGUUCUCAAGCACAAAGUAGCACAGAAGAGGGAAGAUGCUGUCUCCAAAGAAGUGACUCGGAAACUCUCUGAAGCUGAUAAUAGAAAGAUGUCUCGGAAGGAAAAGGAUGAAAGAAUCUUGUGGAAGAAGAAUGAAGUUGCUGAUUAUGAAGCUACAACAUUUUCCAUCUUCUAUAAUAACACCCUAUUUCUGGUCUUGGUCAUUGUUGCUUCCUUCUUUAUACUGAAGAACUUCAACCCCACAGUGAACUACAUUUUGUCCAUGAGUGCUUCCUCAGGCCUCAUCGCCCUCCUGUCCACUGGCUCCAAGUAG